GGACUUCCAUAUCUGUGUGUCCCACACACAUAACUGUAGAAAUAAAAUUCCAAGCCUUAACAAUACUGUUCAAAUAAUGGAAAUCUUUAUUCUGAAGAAAUGAGAGUGGUAAUUUUCCAGAGAAGUGUUCUAGUUUACAAGGUCAGGUCUGAGUCACGAUGAUUUUUAAACCAUUCAUUUGUGAUUCACAUUCAAUGUAAGCCACAAAACAGCAAUAUUAGAUAGCAAACUUGCCCAUUCAUAACGCUAAUAACAAAGCUGCCUUCUUUAAUCUUAAGAGGCUUGGACACUCAGAAAAUCCAGUAUGUGUAACAGAUGAAAUUACCCGUCAUUGUUCCAUUCCUUUACCCCCACCAGAAAGUCCUUUGCACUUCGCCCUUCCUCCGAGGACCGGUUUGAGAUGCUUGUUGUCAGUCUAAGCCAGCCUGGCUUCCAGCUUGAGACAAUUCCCCUACCUGAACCUCCUGUUAGGUUUGAGGAUGGAAGGCAUGAACCACCCCUAGACACCUUCCGUCUCUCCCUUUUUCCUCCUUCCCUCCCUCCCUUCCUCUCUUUUCACUACUGGAAGGUUUAUUUAUUUUUGAAGACAGGGUCUUGAACUCCUGAACUUUAAAUGAUCAGUUUGACUCACUCUUCCAAGAAGCUAGGACUUUGGAGCAUGCCACAGGCCCAGUGCAAGAAGGACUAAACUCUAGAGAUUAUGUGUAUUUGUGUGUGCCUGCACAAGUUUAUUGGGUAUCACAUGUACCCACCAGGUUCCAGAUCCUCUGGAACUGCAAUCACAGGCAAUUGUGAGUGCUUAGAAUUAAACCUGGGUCUUCUGGAAGAGUAGCUGGAGUUCUUAACUGCUGAGCCAUCUCUCUAGCAUCCCCUCUAAAGUCUUAACCAGAAGCCAGAUCAAAGUAGCUCCCACUUGUAAUCCUGCAGACGUAGAAUCUUAAUGAUAUGAACAACAGGUAGUUAACACAACUGUGUUGCAACUUUGAGUAUCCAGUCUUCAGGCUCUGAAUCCAACGACUCCAUCGACUGCAGACUGAAAACUAACUAUGGAAGACACUAGAUCUGAGGAAGAACAGCUACAUGUCAGAACAUCAUGCCAUAAUUUGAGUCUUCAGAAGCCAUUGCCUUGGACAUGAGUCCUUUUCUCCACUGCGUGAUCCCAAACUUCAUCCAAAGCCAAGACUUCCUGGAAGGACUUCAGAAGGAACUUUUGAGCCUGGACUUCCAUGAAAAGUACAAUGAUUUAUAUAAGUUCCAGCAGUCUGAUGAUUUGAAGAAGAGAAAAGAGCCUCAUAUCUCAGCUCUCAGGAAACUUAUGUUUGAAGAUUUUCGGGCCUGGCUUUCAAAGGUUUCUGGCAUUGACCUAGAACCAACCGUUGACAUGUCCUGUGCUAAAUACGAAUUCACUGAUGCUCUGCUCUGCCAUGACGAUGAGCUGGAAGGGCGCCGGAUCGCCUUCAUUCUGUACCUGGUUCCUUCUUGGGACAGGGACUUGGGGGGCACCCUGGACCUUUAUGACACUGAUGAACACUUGCAACCCAAGCAGAUUGUCAAGUCUCUUAUCCCAUCCUGGAACAAACUGGUUUUCUUUGAAGUGUCUCCGGUAUCCUUUCACCAGGUGUCUGAAGUCCUGUCUGAAGAAACAUCACGUUUGUCUAUAAGUGGCUGGUUUUAUGGUCCUUCGUUAACCAGGCCUCCCACCUACUUGGAGCCCCCAACCCCUCGAAACCCUCACAUCCCACAAGACCAUGAAAUUUUAUAUGAGUGGAUCAACCCUGCUUACCUGGAAAUGGAUUAUCAAAUGAAAAUUCAAGAAGAAUUUGAGGAAAGGUCUGAAAUUCUCCUGAAGGAGUUUCUUAAGCCUGAGAAAUUUGCAAAGGUCUGUGAAGCCUUGGAGAAAGGAGAUGUGGAAUGGAAAAGCCAGGGCCCCCCAAACAAAAGGUUUUAUGAGAAAGCGGAAGAAAGUAAUCUCCCUGAUAUACUGAAGGAGUGCAUGGGCCUGUUUCGCUCCGAGGCGCUCUUCCUGCUGCUCUCCAACUUCACUGGCCUGAAGCUUCACUUCUUGGCCCCUUCGGAAGAUGAUGAGACUGAGGACAAAGGAGAGGGGGAGGCAUCUAGUGCCACUGCUGGCACUGAAGAAGGGACCAGCCAGAGCCCCUCAGGGCCAGAGAAUAAUCAGGUAGCCACUGGCAGCCACAGUCAAGAGAAUGGUGAACAGGCAGACCCAGAACCACAGGAAGACGAAGCAAAGAAAGAAUCAAGUGUUCCCAUGUGCCAGGGGGAGCUGAGGCGCUGGAAGACUGGUCACUACACGUUAGUCCACGACAACAGCAAGACUGAAUUUGCCCUGGACCUGUUUCUGUACUGUGGCUGUGAAGGCUGGGAGCCAGAAUAUGGCGGCUUUACCUCCUACAUCGCUAAAGGUGAAGAUGAAGAGCUGCUCAUAGUGACUCCAGAAAACAAUUCGCUGGCGUUGGUCUACAGAGACAGAGAAACUCUGAGAUUUGUGAAGCACAUUAACCAUCGAAGCCUAGAGCAAAGGAAAACCUUCCCGAACAGAAGCGGCUUCUGGGACUUCGCAUUCAUCUACUACGAGUAACAAGAUUGGGCAAAGCCAGCUAGCGUUCACUCCACCAGUGCCGGGAACAUGGAAUCUUCGUGGAGUGAGGGAGAGCAUGGCAUGCUGGGUAACAGUGUCCUCCAAACAGGCUGCCCUUGCAGGCUGUGCUGGUGCACACCUGUAACGCCAGCCUCGAGAGGCAGAGGAAGGGGACCUUCAGUUCCAAGGUCAGUGUGGCUUACACAGUGAGACCCUGUCCCAAAACAAAGCAAAUCUUGGUCAUCCUUUCAUAAAAUUCAUGAUGGUCCUCAAUCUAGACAUCAUGCUAGAGCUAUGUACUCAUCCCUUGGUUGUUAAAAAAUGUUUUUCCAC